ACCAUAACCAAACCAAGAUCACACACACACACUGACAUUGUGCCAUCAUCCCACAAUUUGGCAAUACCCCUGAACCCAAACACACGACACAAUUCGUGUAUGGAAGACCACGGCGGCCACCCUUUGCUCCACGGCGGCCACCAGCUCCAGCCCCCAGCUGGCGCCGCCACGCUUGCCUACGCGUGGGACUACACGGCCGGCGCUCCGUUCGACGACCACGACUCCUCCGGCGGCGGUGGCGGCCAGCAGCUGGACUCCUAUGCCCUGUCGACGGCGUCGGAACUCCGGCGGGCGCUGGUUCGCGCGCUGGCGGAGCUCGACGCCUCGCGCGCCGCGCACCAGGCGGAGCUCCGGCGCAUGGAGACCGAGGCCGCGCGGCUCGCCGCGCUCGUGGCGUCCGCGGCCGCCGAGCGGGACCAGCUCCGGCGACACUGCCACUCCCUCCUGCUCCUACUCCACCACCAGGCCCAGGCGGCGGCGCCUACGCCGAGCCUCCACGCCGGCGUUCUCGGAGGAGGCGCCGCCGCCGCCGCCGUCACGGACGAGCACGCGCCGGACGCCGCGGCCGGCGUCGACGAUACCGAGCUGGAAAUGGCGCUCGCGCGGCGGCUGCCCGAGAAGGGGCGCCUGGUUGAGGCCGUGGUGUCGGCCGGGCCACUGCUCCAGACGCUACUCCUCGCCGGGCCCCUCCCGAGGUGGCGCCACCCGCCCCCGGCCGCGCCGGCCGACAUCCCGCCGUUCAACCCCGGACACCAGAGCCCUCACAAGACAGACGGCUCCAACUCCUCGUCGGCCUCGGCAGGCUCAUCGUCGCCGGAGAGCAAUUGCAGCGGUGGGCCUCCGCCGCCGGCGGCGCACGCGCUUCCGUCGUUUCACAUGAGCCCCUUCUGCAUGUAGCUGCACGCGUGCACGGCCCCUGCUUCGGGGGGACGGGUACAUCCAUCACACAUCAUGCCAUGAUUGACAUGAGGGGCUUAAUCAGUUAAUUGUCAUUAUUAGUGGUGGCUUAAGUGUGGAAUAAUUAUCGUUGGGUCCUCUAAACUUUGAGUCCUUGUCUGCUUGGACCCUUCGGACCAGCGACACGUGGCAUUAUUCACGGAACAAUUGUUCUGGUCUGCCACGGGUCGUGUGGUCUGAAAGGUCCAAGCAAUGUUGAAGUCAGGAGAGGGUCUUGUUCAUAUUGUAAUAUAUGGUCCACUUUUGGUUAAGUGUUGGUGAUUAGUCGGUGCUUGUGAGUUUCCUCGCUUUGUCUAAUGAUGAAAAGUGCGCAAAGGGAUUGGGGGUAUGCAUGCAAGACAGGCACAUGCAUGCCAUAAGUAGAUCAGUGCAGUAGGCCAGCACCUAGUGUGUUGUGGUGUCCCCCAAUUUGUAAGAUUGGUUGGUUCAUGCAUAAGCAUGAAUACCAAUGUAAGGAAAAUGACCUCAUUAUGCUAUA